AUGCACUUCAUAACCACCAUCAUCUCCAUCUUCUUGGCGUUAAACACGGCGUUGGGCUCACCGGGCGAUGAUCUAUACGCUUUCAUGGACUGCGUUUACCAAUGCGAACAGAUAACGUGCUACGACAAUCAAUACCACAUAUUCCAGCAGCAACACGCGGAGGAGCUUCUAGCGCAGGGCCAGUAUCUCGACUACUACAAUCCCACGUGGCAGUUUACACCGAUGCCCUUGCCCUGGCAUCUCAGACUACUCGGAUGGACGUGUGAGCUGAACUGCGACUACCAAUGCCAACGAGUCAUUACUGCCGAGCGAAGAAAGAACAACGAGGAAAUCUACCAGUUUCACGGGAAAUGGCCAUUUUGGAGAAUCGGCGGGGUCCAAGAGUUGACCAGUGUGCUCAUGUCGUUGGGCAACUUCUACGUCAAUUACAGGUAUGGCUUUGUCAAGAUCAGCAAGGUGUUGCGUGACAAGUCUGUUCCCCCUAGAUUGAAGCAGCAGUACCUCAAUGCGUUUUUGAGCUGCAUUGUCACCAUGGCAGCGUGGAUUGCGAGCACCGUGUUCCACACGAGAGACUACCGCAUGACUGAACAUUUGGACUAUUAUCUCGCGGGAGCCACCGUGAUGUCGGGGUUCCACGUGCUUGGCUCGCGGUUGUUUGAGCUUUACAGAAGUGAUCGAAAAGUAUACCGAUGGGCUUUUUCUUCCUUGUGUUUGCUAGCGUACGCUUACCAUUUGCAAAAGCUAAUACGCGAUUGGUCGUACACUUACAACAUGAGAGCCAACAUCUGCAUCGGCAUGUGCCAAAACUUGUUCUACUGCUUAGUCGUGUACAACUUGUACAGCAAAUACUACUGGGUGGAACAGCAAGAAAAGGGCAAGGUCAACACCAACCACUUGCAAUACAUUGAUUUCAAACGCAUCAUUUUGCCCAGUUUCUUUUCGCGGAGUGCUAAAUUGUACACGUUGUACCCUUUGCUACUAUGCACCAUUGUCCUUUGUGGAAUGUCAUUGGAAAUCAUUGAUUUCCCUCCGAUCUUGUGGGAUUUGGUCGACGCCCACAGCUUGUGGCAUUUGGUGACGAUCAUUCCCGCGUACAUGGGAUGGUAUGACUGGCUAUUGUGGGAUGUCAAUGAAAAUAUCUGGCCAGAUAUCCAGCAGGAGGAUGAAAAGGAGAAGAAGAACAAGACCAAGAAGGAGGAUUAA